GGCGACGCUGAGCCCCGAGGGACGGCAGGCCGGGGCCAUGUCCCGCCCCGGCCCCGGCCCCCGGUCGGGCCCCGUGAAGUUCAACGGGUCCGUGCGGGUGCGCGUCGGGGAGGCCGUGGGGCUGCAGCCCACGCGCUGGUCCCUGCGCCACUCGCUCUUCAAGAAGGGCCACCAGCUGCUGGACCCCUACCUGACGGUCAGCGUCGACCAGGUGCGCGUGGGCCAGACCGCCACCAAGCAGAAGACCAACGGGCCCACCUACAACGAGGAGUUCCGCGCCGACGUGACCGACGGCGGCCACCUGGAGCUGGCCGUCUUCCACGAGACGCCGCUGGGCUACGACCACUUCGUGGCCAACUGCACGCUGCGCUUCCAGGACCUGCUGCGCACCGCCGGGCCCUCCGACGCCUUCGAGGGCUGGGUGGACCUGGAGCCCGAGGGCAAGGUGUUUGUGGUGAUCACCCUGACCGGCAGCUGCACUGAAGCCACCCUGCAGAGAGAGCGGAUCUUCAAGCAUUUCACACGGAAGCGCCAGCGUGCCAUGCGGAGGCGCGUUCACCAGGUCAACGGUCACAAGUUCAUGGCGACGUAUCUGAGGCAGCCCACGUACUGCUCCCACUGCCGCGAGUUCAUCUGGGGAGUGUUUGGGAAGCAGGGCUACCAGUGCCAAGUUUGCACCUGUGUCGUCCACAAGCGGUGUCACCACCUCAUCGUUACGGCCUGCACUUGCCAGAACAACGUUAACAAGGUGGAUGAAAAGAAUUCAGAACAGAGGUUCGGGAUCAACAUUCCCCACAAGUUCCACGUACACAACUACAAGGUGCCGACGUUCUGCGACCACUGCGGCUCCCUGCUCUGGGGGAUCAUGCGCCAGGGCCUGCAGUGUAAAAUGUGCAGGAUGAACGUCCACAUUCGCUGCCAAGCCAACGUGGCUCCCAACUGCGGGGUCAACGCCGUGGAACUGGCCAAGACGCUGGCCGGGAUGGGGCUCCAGCCGGGAAGCAUCUCCCCGACCUCGCAGAAGCUAGUUUCCCGGUCAACGCUGAGGAGACAAGGAAAGGAAAAUUUCAGGGAAGACAACGGAGUCGGCGCUCCAUGUGCCAACCGGCACGGGAUCGAAGACUUCGAGUUCAUCCGCGUGCUGGGGAAGGGCAGCUUCGGGAAGGUGCUGCUGGCCCGGACCAGGGCGACGGGGGACCUGUACGCCGUCAAGGUGUUGAAGAAGGACGUCAUCCUUCAGGACGACGACGUGGAGUGCACCAUGACCGAGAAGCGGAUCCUGGCGCUGGCCCGCAGCCACCCCUUCCUCACCCAGCUCUUCUGCUGCUUCCAGACCCCCGACCGUCUGUUUUUCGUGAUGGAGUUCGUCAAUGGGGGCGACCUGAUGUUCCACAUCCAGAAGUCGCGACGUUUUGAAGAGGCUCGAGCUCGCUUCUACGCGGCCGAGAUCAUCUCGGCCCUCAUGUUCCUCCACGAGAAAGGGAUCGUCUACCGGGACCUGAAGCUGGACAACGUGCUACUGGACCCCGAGGGCCACUGCAAGCUGGCGGACUUCGGCAUGUGCAAGGAGGGCAUCUGCAACGGGGUGACCACCGCCACGUUCUGCGGCACCCCCGACUACAUCGCCCCAGAGAUUCUGCAAGAGAUGCUCUACGGUCUGGCCGUGGACUGGUGGGCCAUGGGGGUGCUGCUCUACGAGAUGCUCUGCGGCCACGCUCCCUUCGAGGCGGAGAACGAGGACGACCUGUUCGAGGCCAUACUGAACGAUGAGGUGGUCUAUCCGACGUGGCUCCACGAAGAUGCCACGGCCAUCCUGAAAGCCUUCAUGACCAAGAACCCCAACCUGCGCUUGGGAGGGGAGAACCAGGGCGGCGAGCGGGCCAUCCUGGCCCACCCAUUCUUCAAGGAAAUGGACUGGGACCGGCUGAACCAACGCCAGCUCGAGCCACCGUUCAGGCCCAGGAUCAAAUCCCGAGAAGACGUCAGUAACUUCGACCCGGAUUUUAUCAAGGAAGAGCCCGUGUUAACCCCGAUCGACGAAGCCCACCUCCCGAUGAUCAACCAGGAGGAAUUUAGAAACUUUUCCUACAUCUCUCCAGAACUGCAGUCCUAGCGGGACGGAUGGGAGAGGGGCAGAAGGGGCCGGGCACAGAGGGCAGGACUCCGCCCCCGAGCCCCCAGGAAUUUCCCUCCCGAGGGGUCCUCGGCCUCGGUCCUCGGGGAGAGCCGCCGGGAUGCCUGAAUGCGAGCGGGAGGAGGAGGAGAAAGCAGCUGAAAGGGCUCUUUGUUUGUGGACUCCUGUGGGGCUCUGACUGGGAGAGGAAAUAUUUAUAGCCCCGGGACGGCGCCCCGCGCCCAUAAAUAGCCAGACCGAAAACAGCCUCCCUGCAGUUGGGCUUGCGGCUGUGGCCGGCUCCGGGCGGCCGGUCCCGGGGUCUCGGGUGGAAGCCGCACCGCAGAGGGGGCGAGUUGAGCCCUCGCACUUCUGAGCCAAACUGGCGUGUGCCGGCCCCAGACGGCCACCGGCCUGGCUCCGGCCCCCACCUGCUGCUGGGGAGGCUGAGCCCGGAAGCCGGGGGACGGUCGGAUGGGCGGGGCCCGCUGCCUGCCGGGGAUCGGAUCCGCUUGGAGGAGCGGCGGCUUUCUCCCGAACGCCGGUGCUUCGGCAGGAAAGCCCGCGCCCGACCCCGGAGGCCGGCCCGCGGAGGUUGACCCGUGGAGGCCGGAAGCUUUCGGGGAAUGGCGAAGUGACGAUCCUUUGCAGUCGAAAUGACGCCUGUGCCCAAUCCCCAGUCCUCUGUUUUUCGCUCUGCUGGUCUUCCUGGCUGAGCUGACCCUCAGCCCCGACGGGAGCCCGGUGGGGACCUCGCCCACCGCGCCGCCGGUCGGCUGCUCGGCGCACCGUCCCCGUGUCCCCGCCAGCUUGUGAACCCGGUGUGCGCUCGGGGGCCCGGUGUGGGCCCGGAGACGGGGGUGCGAGUCGGCCAGUCGCCGCCGAGCCCUGGGGUUCCCGUAUCUGCACGCUGACGCCCUCCGUGGCUGCCAUUAAAUUAUAUUUGGAGAGAGAGCUUUCCUCUCCACUCACGGGCCAUUAAACCUUACAGCAAACCCGCGA